AUGCCAUAUCUGAAUGGUCGAAGGGUGGCGUCGGUCGAGAGGUUUACGGAAAUGAGUUUUUCCACCGAUCAACAAACAUCCAUACCCAGGUAGGUGGCGAAGGUCAGAAGCCGAAGGAAACAGGUCUAGACGAGGCUUUGAUUCGACAGUACUUUUGACUUCGGGGUUUUUGGGAGAUUAGAGGUGAAAAGGAAUUUCGAAAGGAUUUUAUGUUGACUGAAGAAUGGAGAGGAUGGGCUUGAUAAGUGAGGGUUAAAGUCAAUACUUUUAAGUCUGUUUUUAAAAAAGUCGAAAUGUCAAGUAGAUAGCUUUUAGUAGGUCUGCGUUACUAAUUCAGCUUUUAGUCAUCAUUUUCGUAAAUUUUUUUGGUAAAGGUCAAUCCUACAAUUUUUUUUUAUUUUUAAGAAUCCCUCUGGACCCCUUACCAACUUUUUUGGGAUUUUUUGGCAGCGUGCCCAAGUUAAACUUGAUAGGAACUAUUUCAAAUUGUAUACACUACUCAUAAAAAUUGUGGUUUUAAUUUUUCUCAAUUGUUAAUUCAAAUCCUAGAUCUUUCACCAUCUUCCUUUCAAAAAAAAAGUUUUACUGUAGCUUCAGACUUUGUGGUCUUUUUGCCUGAACCUUCCAUGUUCUUUACUUUGAUAAUAGAAGAUCUUAUUUUUUUCCAUAUCCCCAAUUGUCAUCCCAAUUUCAUUUGUUUCCAGCGAGCGCUCCACCGCCAUAGAAGGCCAUCAGAUGUCGCGCCCUUCUUCCUCCGUAAUCCAACCUCCUCCACAGCCAUCUUCCGCCACUCCCACUCGCUCCAUAAUCAAGAAUCCCAAUCGUUAUCAAAAUUUACCUCAAAAUCCGCAACAAUAUCGCCCCGACAGUCAAUUCCGGCAGUCAAAUGAGCCGGUUUAUCGGUCUACGAUUGAUCCUCGCUCCCAAGAGCGGUUAUCGUUGAAUGGCCAGAAGACCGGGAAUGGCGACCGACUAGCCGAUGUGUAUUCCAAUUCCGACGACACUGUUCAAUUUGCGGGGAAUCUGAGGUCGUUCAUCAAUAAGAACGUGCCCUUCAUGGUGUGGAUCGGGCUGGCUGCGUUCGAAAUUUUGGCAGGAUUGUUUUCAAUAUUUUUUGGCUCUUAUAAUUACUCCAUGUGCGAGAUCCAACCGUUGAUGCCAUUAUAUCUGAUCCUUUCGGGCAGUGCCUUGAUUGUUCAUGGGAUAAUUCGAAGUGCCAAAGCAUUCCCAAAUCCCAAAAGAAGGUCGAGAAAUCGACCGAAAAAGAGCUCGUUGUAUCCAGACUUACUUAUGCAUGGACUGGAAGGCAUUGCGCUUCUCUACAUGCUGAUUUGUGUUAUCCUUGGUAAGUGUAAUGUAAAAUUAUAUAAAACGUUUCAAAACAAUGUCAUUUUAAGUAAUUUGCUUAUCAAAAAAAUUUUAUUUACAGGUUGUGUAUGGGUCUACGGAUCGCGGACCCCGUAUGUUCAGUUCAUGCCCAACAUGUUCGAGAGGGAUUACUGUGACCAAACCUUAUACUGGGUGGCCUGGUGGUCAGUGACCAUACAUCUCGUCGUAUUUGGACUUCUAAUACUUGCAGUAAUCUUCAUUUUGAUCUACGGAUCUAUGAUCAACUCCUAA